AUGCAGAGGGGUUGCACCCUAAAAAGUAAGUUUCACUGGGGCUGCAACUUUGACAAAUAAAUUUGCCUUUGGAUUUAACAAACCUGCACCACUAGCUGACUAUGGAAGUCACAGCAUUUCGCUGUGGUCUUCGGAUUAAGAUCUUGCCUCUACCACCAACUCACUCGGAGGCCUUGGGCAACUCAUUGAUCUCUCUCGCCCUCAGGGCCACUAGCAGGAUUUUCUGAGACUGGAAGUCUAGCUAGGCGAAGCCAUGGGUCCAUCACGGUACAUUCGCUUAUAUGUGCUCAGCUUCAGUUCCCUGCAAUCUAUGAGGACAGUAAUAUUCGCCUACCUUGCAGGAUUGCUUGUAAGGAGGACAGACAUAACAUAUGUGAAAUGCUUUUUCUAACAAUUGCUAAGUUUUGUUAUUGCGCUUGCUCCUGAAUCGUUUAGUUUUCUGCUUGUAGAAUCCCAUAUAGCUAGCAGUUCUUAAGGGCAUCACCGCAUCCCCUUCAUCAGCGACAUCACUGUGACUCAAAGUGAGGAUAAUCCUCCUCCACUGGGAGUGACCCCCCCACCCCCACUCGUAACCCCAAUUCCCUGCUGAGAUGACAAGCCGGCUUUAAAGAGCCAGAGCCUCCCUUUAUUGCUUCCCCUAUCAGAUUACAACAAGCAGGCUGUGGGGUGGUGGUCAAGCUAUUUUUAGAAGCCUGCUUUCUAAAAAUAGCGCAGAGAUGUUUAGAAUUGCGUCACAAGAGGUAAUUUUAUCCCCCGUUUGGCCUGACGGCCCCUCUCCCCCCCCCCACCUCCCCAGGAGGGGGUGACUACAAAAGGAAGGAGUUCUUGAGAACAAGGGGUCAGCAAGUUCAGACCCAGACAGAGAGAGGAAAGAGGUAAGAAGUCCUUUUAGGGGAUGGUUGGGCCAGAUCUGACCAGAUCUUGUAUGUCAUUAUUAUUAUUAUUAUUUUGCUACCCUAAGGAGGUGGCAAAUCCAGCUGUCUUGCAGCCGCCUGGCGCUUAGCACUUGGAUUCAGCUGAGUCGCCCUAAUUUUAGCCCAGUCACUGCCAAGCAAUAAGCCUGGCUUGUGACCCUGAACAGCUCUCUAUCAAUUCAUUACCCGCAGUACCACCCAGUGGACAGCAGAGACAUUGAAGCGCAGGGCGCAUUGAUGCAGCUAACUUCGGAUCCAGUUGCCCCCUGGCUCUUGUGAUCCAGAUGCAUGGAAAGGUCAGGCUGUGCUGGCUUAGUUUUUUCCCAUCUGCACCAGGAAAGAGGCUGGGACCAUUGCAGGAUCAGUUUUGGCUCUCCAGAUAAUGAUAAUAAUAAUAACAACAGAUGUUGUUGGACUCCAACUCCCAUCAGGCAUGACCAUCGGGGCGAAUGCUGGCUGGAGCUGAUGGGAGUUGUAGUCCACCCGCAAUAUCUAGAAGGCCUCUGGUUCCUGAUCCUUGCGAUUUGCUCACAUGGAAGCUGCGUGCCUUCCUGUACCUUUGAAGCACAUUUGAAGCGCGUUCCCAUCUGCCCCUCCAAGGAACUCUGCAAGCCGUAGUUUGUUAAGGGUUGCGGGGAGUUGUGAGGUCUAAACAAGUGUCCAGAAUCAUUUGAGGGGGAAACAGGAAUUCAAAUGUGCUUCAAAGUUAUAGUACACAGCCCCAGGUUGCGUACGUGACGUACAUUUAAAGCACAUGACCUCCCCCCCAAAAAAUAAUAAUUCUGAGAUCUGUAGUUUGUUAAGGGUGCUUGUAAUCAUAGGUCUGUGGUGGGCCAACUAUAGUUCCUGGGGCUUGGAGGAGCUGUAUGUUUUAAAGAUGCUUUAAAUGCAUGGUGUGUACACAGCCUUCAUUUUUUAAUUCAAAAAUGCAGAGAGUGAAGUCUGUCUGCAUGUUAAUCUCUUUGCCCUCAGAAGCCCUUGCCUCUAAUCCCAGAUACUUAAGGGCUGGCUGUGGUUGUUCGGCAGCGUAGGAAAGGCACUCGGUGCAUGCUCAAGGGUCUCUUUAUAUUCUGUUUACAUGUUGACCUCUGGCACUGAAUUCUGCAGCUGAGUUCUUUUUACAAAUUAGCUUCUUGGAUGUGUCGGAGCGUUCUAGGAAUAGAUUUCCGGAUGUAUUCCUCAUUUUAAAGAACCCUCUUCCCCUGACCUCCUGAGUGUACUGCUCAACUUCCACUGUUUCAGUCUCCAAAGUGUCCCUUUGUCUUUGAAGUAGGGCAGUUUGUCUCCUGAUGCAAGACUCUGGGCAGAAAGCAUGAUCGGGGUGGAAAAAUUAUAUGCAUCAAAAACUUUUGAAGCUGGUUCCUAUAGAGUUUUGGCAGUCCUAUUCCCAUCCCUAUACAGUGCCGGCCUCUAAAAGAUUGAUGCUGGCUACUGAAAAUUUGAUGCUGGGUAGUGAAAAUUUAAUGCUGGUGUCAUGCUCCAACACAGAUAGAGGUCAGGGUAGAAAGUUCGUUUCCAAUUCAUAAAAGAGGCAGAAAAACCACAAGAUACAUUUAAAGAACAUGGCUUCCCUCCAAGGAUUCUGGGAACUGUAGUUUAUUAGGAGUGCUGGGAACUGUAUCCCUUAAGGGUAAACUUCUGUUCCCAUAAUUCUUUGGGAAAAGCUGUGUGCUUUAAGUGUAAUUUAAAUGAUUUGUGUGGAUGUGACCAAAGUCACUGCUCAGUCGUCACUGAAGAAUUAAGCAAUGUACAGAUGUAGUCUUAGUAAGCCAUUGUUCUCAUAACAUAUUAAUAGUAAAUAUAUUAAAUCCCAAUAUAAUAAAUAACUAAGAGCCAAAGUAGAACACAAUGCUAAACACAUCAUCUGAAGAUACAUCUCUGGUUUGUGUUUUGCUUUUUAUAGUUAGCAACAUAUAUAAAUCCAAUAAAUAAAACAAAUAGUUCCUUUUUAACCAGGCCUUUGGUUGAUCUGAUUGACAUCCUAUGCCCUUUUUAAAAUGUGGUUCUUUUUUGAGGGGUGUGUGUUAUUGGGUUGCUGUUUUUAUUUUUAGUAUAUAUAUAUAUAUAUAUUGUGGUUUUUAUGUUGGUCUUUUCUGUGAACCGCCCUGAGACCUCCAGGUAUAGGGCAGUAUAUAAAUUCAAAAAAUAAAAAAAUAAACUUGGCCUGGUGCCAAACUUUGCAGUGUGAACUGUCCUGGGCUCCAGCCAGUCAGCCAUGCCCUUUCCCAGGAUACUCCAUUACUCCUCCCGCCACAAUUUUCCAUUCCUGUCCCGCAACAAACAGUGUUCCAUUGGCACUAAGCAUGCUCAGUCCUCAUUGGGCUGUUGGAGGUUCUCUGCCUCCUGCUGUUUGCUUAAAAGUCUCUCCCCUCCCUUUAAGGUUCUCUUUGUACUUCUGCAAAGCCUUGAAACCUUUCUCUCUUGUGCCCAAACAGCGCCCUUUAGGCAACAUGAGGAACGAUCUUCAGAAGGAGUCUGCGCCUUUACGGACACCCAUUUAAAUUUGCUAUCUGUAUGUCCAUAUAUUUUGAUGGGGUUGUUUUAUUGCAUAUUUUAAACUGGUUUUUAAAUAUUUUGUAAACCAUUUGAUGCUCUGGCAUUGAUCAGGUUGUUGUUAUUACCAAAACAGUGGUGGAUUUUUAUCAGGGCUGCUGCACGUAGCUCAAUGCUUUCCUCCCCUUCACAGCCCCCAAUGACAAUUCUCAAUGGCAUAAUGAAAGCUUCACUUUUGUUUACAUAGGCUUUACCAAUAUCAAAAUCUAACAAUAUCCAUAGUAGUCAGUUUUGUUUUAGUGUUCACAUGAGCUCAGCACCAAACUAGAUGUUAUACGAGAACCCUAUUACAGUGGUACCUCAGGUUACAUAUGCUUCAGGUUACAUACGCUUCAGGUUACAGACUCCGCUAAUCCAGAAAUAGUGCUUCAGGUUAAGAACUUUGCUUCAGGAAGAGAACAGAAAUUGUGCUCUGGCGGCACGGCGGCAGCAGGAGGCCCCAUUAGCUAAAGUGGUGCUUCAGGUUAAGAACAGUUUCAGGUUAAGAACAGACCUCCGGAACGAAUUAAGUACUUAACCCAAGGUACCACUGUAUUGCACUUCCCACUUAAAAAAAAAAAAAAAGGAGCUAGGAUGUGACCAGCCUGGGACUGGGCUGUGGCCUGGUGAAAGUACUGUACUAGUGAUAAUCCUUUACCUGACAGAACUAUGACUUAGCAUGGCCUUGGACACAACCCCAGGACUCCCUCCCUCCUCUCAGUGUCUCCAUCGCUUUUCCAGAACCAUGACCAUCUUGUGUGAAAACUGCCGCAAGCCAAUCAGGACAGAGAACUGCAUCUCGAGAUGCCCAACUGCAUCAGUCUCCAGGCGGGAGAUCAGGACCACAAAGACAUUCAGGUUAGAUACUAUCCUGCUCUCUUUCCCUACCUGAGUCUACAUUGCGGGCAGGGCAGGGGAAGAACCAACUGCCUCCAGUCAAUUUUCUUGGUGCAAAAAUCCUCCUAUACAUGUGUACACCAUCUAACAAUAAUGUUGCUGUCCCCCUUUAGAACUACAGGUGUUCCUGCUUUGUGUCCAAAUUUAAUAAAUUAAACUACUUAAACUAAUCAGCUGAGGCACACAGCUACAAUCCUAAGCAGACUUACCAUGGGAUGUGGAGCAACUUCCAAGUAAAUACCUCAUGUUACGUUUGCUUCAUGCUACAUUUUUUCAGGUUGCGUCCCGCGGCGACCCAGAAGUACCGGAAAGGGUUACUUCCGGGUUUCGCUGCUCGCGCAUGCGCAGAAGCGCUAAAUCGUGCUUCGCGCAUGCGCACAACCACCAGAUCGUACGGCGCUUCAGGUUGCUGGCUUUUCAUGUUGCAAACGGGCCUCCAGAAUGGAUCCCAUUCGCAACCAGAGGUACCACUGUAUACAUAGGAUUGCACUGUAAGAGUCUCUUCGUUUCAAACCAGCAUCCCAUCUGCCUACUGCUCAACUGUUCCCAAUUUAAGUGGGGAUUACAGAAAACCAUUCCCGGCUUCUGAUUGGAUCCCGGAAUGUCCCAUUUUUGGGUCCGGAGCUCUGGCACUAGUCGGCUGCCUUGUGCCGAGCACUGGACCAAAAGCUGCUUGUUUUUUUGGUCUUGCACAAGUCAGCUGGCUCCUGCAGGAGCACUAAAAACAAGCGUCCCAGUUGGGACCACUCUGAUGCUGGGGGAGAUGCAUCUGUUAUGGCAGGGAUAUGGAACCUCUGCAACCUUCCAGUUGUUGCCGGACUCCAGCUCCCAUUGUCCUGACAAUUGGCCAUGCUGGCUGGGGCUGAUGGGAGUUGGAGUCCAACAAGACCUGGAGAGCCACAGGUUCCCCAUCCCUGCGCUAAGGCUUUCUGUGGCUGGAGUGUUGCUGGUGUUCUUUCUGUAGCCAGCAGCUGAUGCUCAGUGAGUAAACACCAUUAGUUCCUGACAAUAUUUUAGGGUUAGCAGCACAGCUGUUCCGAAGCAUCUGCAAAGCACUUGCUUCCUCUGCUGGGACAGGAGAUGUGCUCAAUGCUAGAUGCCAGCAGCAGAGCAGAGAGCAAACCGGAGCGGUUCAGCCAAUGCCAAACCAGACCUGUCACCUGUGGCAGCACCGUCAACUGGCAGAGCCUGUCCUGGUCCCACUUACCGAUGAAUCAUUGAGGCUGCAAAUGUUUACAUGGCCAGACUCCAGACGGAAGCUGCGGGUCCUAUCUAUCUCCAGGUUGCACAUGAAAGCAUUUCCAGCAGAAUUGUAAAGUGGGAGGCAUGAAAUCCUCUUCCCUGAAGGAAUGGCUGGAAGAACAUCUGCUGGAGAGUCUUCUAGGGGAGAAGCUCAAGUAUGAUGUGGACCUUGUUCGGCUAUAUCCAUGCCAUACAUUUAAAGCACUAUGGUCCCUGCUUUAAACAGCUAUGGCUUCCCUCAAAGGAUUCUGGGAGCUGCAGUUUGUUUAGGGUGCUAAGUGUUGUUAAGAGCAGUGCUUUCCCCCAAAAAAAUAAUGUUUCGGGGUACUCUCAUUUUCCUACUCAUAUUGAAAUAUUGUCCCUCAAUGAGGCCAAACUUAGAAUCACAAAAUGUUUAGGGGUAUGCCUAAACCACCAGAAAAAAGCACUGGUUAAGAGAACACUAUUCCCUUCACAGAGCUACAGUUCUUAGAGUGCGUUAACAAUCUAUUUCUUUUCACAGAGAACUCUAGAAAUUGUAGCUCUGUGAGGGAAAUAGGGAGUCUCCUAACAACCCUCAGCAGCCUUAAACAAACUACAGCUCCCAGAAUUCUUUGGGGGACGCCAUGACUGUUUAAAGCAGUAUCGUAGUGUUUUAAUGUAUAGUGUGAAUGUAGCCUAGAGAGAUCCAUGUCACACUUGAGCCUCUUAUAACCUGCUUAUUUACCUGUUAUUCAGUUCUCAAAUCUUUAAAGUUCCUUCCCCACCAACAUUCAAGUAAAAAUGUGUCUGUAUGUGUGUGAACAAUAAUUCACAGAUACGGAUGCACGAUCAAAUACAUGCAUGUUAUAUACACAUUUUCCCAAGGCUAUUUAAGCUAUUUAAGUUGUGUGUGAGUGUAUGUUAUAUUAUUGUGCUAUACAGCAUAUGUAAUACAAUCAUUAUUAGCCGCUGAGAGCCUUUUCUUCCACAAAACCUGAAGAUCCAAGAACAAAUUUUGGGCGUUACCAGCAAAAGCUCCUCUCUCCUUUCCUCAGUGCUCAAUAUUAAUUGAAAUCUGCAAUCCUAAAUGUUGCAACUGGGGAGUAAGGCCCACUGAAUUCAGUGGGAUUUACUUCUGAAUCAGCACGCUUAGGAUUGUGCUAUAAGUGUUGCCCCAUAGGACACAUUUCUACAUCAGAUAGACGAGGCUGCGUAGUCCCCUAGUGACCACCAGGACAAAUACCCUUAGGAGAAGGAAGUUGAUUGGCUGGGCAGAAUAAAGGGAGUUCAUGGUUAUUCUUCUACUGAUUAUUUGUAAAACAAAAAACAAAAAAGUCAAAUGUGCUUGGGCUACAUGUACACCAAAAUGCACAUGUCCCUGCCCUCAAGCUUACAAUCAAAACAAACUUUUUAAAGCCAGGAAAGUGCUUGGAUUAACUUCGGUGGAGCAAAACCAGUACAGUGGUACCUCUGGUUACGAACGCUUCAGGCUAUGAGCUCCGCUAACCCAGAAGUAGCUGCUCCUGGUUGCGAACUUUGCCCCAGGAUGCGAACAGAAAUCACAUUUCGCCCCAUUAGCGAAAGCGCGCCUCAGGAUAGGAACGGUUUCAGCUUAAGAACGGACCUCCGGAACGAAUUAAGUUCGUAACCAGAGGUACCACUGUACUUUGGUUUAAACACAGUGGUGAGGGAAGGGCCAUAGCUCAGUGGCUCUAUAGCUCACCGUACCUGUCCAGGUCCAAUCCCUGGCAUCUGCAGGUAAGACACCUUUCUGAAGCUCUGGAGAGCCACUGUCUUGUCUGCAUAGACUAGCCUCCCGCCAACCUCGUGCCCUCCAGGUGUUUUGGACUACAGCUACCAUCCUUCUUGACCAUUGGCCAUGCUGGCUGGGGCUGAUGGGAGUUGUAGUCCAGCAGCAUCUGAGGGGCACCUGGUUGGGGGAAAGACAAUACUGAGCUAGGUGGGCCUAUAGUCCAACUUGAUAUAAGGCAGCUUAUCCCUUUUUUUUUAGCACUGGUCCCUGGGAAGAUGCAUCUACUCUGCACCACCAGUUCUUUAAAGUUCCCAGCUCCAAGAGAUGGGAGUGCUGACGCCUGUCUGCCAGCUUCCAGCCCCUUUGCACAGCUGAAUGCCUCGCAUGGCUGCGCGGCGGUUGUCAUGGGAACCAUCACAUACAAUAACUGAAGUGCAUAUUGAAUUUCUAUGCUGAAUGGUCCACUUUCAGCAGCACAGAAUUCCCCCCGAAUCCAUCUGCUCUUUUCUCCCUCCUGAUCUCUAAUGCUGCUGUUUCUUUAUUGAUUACCCUUUUUCUAAGCUCUCCCUGGGGCUCCUUUGCAAAAAAGAAAAGAAAAGGAGAGAGAGAGAGAGAGAGAGAGAGAGAGAGAGAGAGAGAAGUAAUGCAAAACAAACAAAAGAAAACAGGGUUUAGCCAGCUAAAAAGUAAAUGCUUUCUUUAAAAAAGCAAAAGCAAAACUGAAGCAUGGUCCUAGUCAAAAGAUGCUUUCUGUCUCUGGAUGGAUUGUGGAUGGUCAGAUACAAAGGAGGGCAGAAUCUUUGUUUCUGGGAUGCGGAAGCACCUGCGACCCUCCAGAUGUGCCCAUUGGCCAACCUGCCUGGGGGAAUCAGCGGUCAACAUCUGGAGGACCACAGAUCCCUGAUUUCAUAGUCACAGACUACUCCUUUACUCCUCCCUCCAUGAAAACUGCACAUACUCAAAUCCCUUCUUUUGCACAACUAUGAAAAAACAAGAGUCCUUCUGCCUCCAUCUGCAUCUGUUCCCCUGCUUAAUAUGGUUGCUGUUCUGCACCAACUUCAGGUUGAGCAGAAAUCCAGGCUGCUGCAUUCCAUUCCUUAGCCAGGCAUGGGGAACUGCAGGCCCAGGGGCCAAAUGUGGCCCUGCAAAGCCCUCUUUCUGGCACUUGGGUCUUUCCAUCUUCAGCCACACACCCUCUCCACAGGCCGCACCCCUCACCAGCCCUGCUUUGCACCCUCCUGGGGUGUUUUUGCCUGGCUGGAAUGUGUCCUUGAACUCUGAUAAUACCUCUUGCUUGCUGUCAGAAGCGAGCCAGCAGUAAAUCACACCCAGCAAGUUGGAGUUAACUCUUUGUUAGCAAAAAUACCAACAACAAGUAGCACAAACAUGGUGGGGUGUCCGGCCUAAUGAGCACAGGAACUCAUCUCCGUCUUGCCCUCCAUGAAGCAGUUGCUAAGACUGAAGGUCCUUGCCUUCCCACAGCUAUCUAAGUUUCCUCCUCGCUAAUGUUUUUUCCAAGCAAUCAGAGACUGCGCCUGCUUGCAGUCUUUCGCUGCUCUGCCUGUUUCAUGCCUCUUCUGGUUCUGGGAGAUCGGGGGGGGAGGGGAUCUCAUUGCAGCAGGAGGGGGAGACACCCAUGCUUCUUCACUAUCCUGACUCAUCUCUGCCUCUUUGUCAGUGUUUUGAAAAGGAAAAGGUUCUGACCUCCUUUUUACUCCUUUGCCUAGGCCUCAGACCUUUGUUGGCACAAUAGAGUCUUUGAGAAAGAGUAUUCUCGCAGAGUAUUGCUGCUUUUAUUCUUAAAAAGUCUUCUUCUCCAAGCACGACCGACAGCUUUUACACACACCAAACACAACCAGCUUUCUACCAUCCAACCAACCCACACCACACACUAACACUGACCACUCUAUAUAUACAGGUACCAUUUGGUGAAAGGUUGCAUGAGUCAUUGUAGGCCGCUGACUCGUGCUGACUUAGUUCUUUUAGCAUUAAAGAAACAGCGGCCAAUUUUUAGCCGUGACACUCUUGGCCUCCCACAUCCAGUUCUUCAGCUUCUGCCUCUGAUUCUGAACUUCUCUCUGCCACAGACUCUCCCAGCUCACUGAGCCCUGUUACCUCUUCAGCUUCCAACUCCUCCUCUUCCCAGUCUUCUCCCUCUGACCUCUCAACGUUGUCCCACCACCAAUCUCUGGGCUCUGAGCCUCCUUCCCUUGAGGGUUCCCCAGAUGGUGCCUUCUACCAUUCCUUUGCCUAGUUGGAGGACACAGAAAGGUGUGCAGGUCUAAUAUGCUCUACAAAGGUAAAAAUUGCAUCCAUUGCUCCACCUAAGUCAACUAAUGGAGGAGGAGUCAAGGGAACUCAGCCUACAUCCUGCCAUCAGGAACUCAGUACCACCUCUGCUGUUGGGAGCAGACUGUGCCCCUUGGAGAAGCAUAUUCCUUCAAGCACACCAGGCUCACAGAGGGAGUAUCGCUGGCAGGAGAAGCAUGACCAUUUGUUGAGACAUCUCCACAGAUAUUAUCUGGCCUCAGAUUCCUGAUGCUGUUCUCGGACUCUGUUUGUAGCAAUCUGUACCUGUAGCCUGACCUGUAUUGCUGUAAGCCUUGAACAAAGCUUUCUCUCUUUCCUGCACGUAAAAACCUCUGUCAUAGCAUUUGGGAUGGCAGCCGCAACAACAUGGCAUCGACACCACUGAAGGCACUGCGACUUACCUUUGAGUAAACCUGCAUUGGGUUGUGCUGUUAAGUCAGAACUGUGACUAAUGCAAUUUUUCUCUGCCACUGUUAAGUGUGCAGAGCAUUAAGAAAAACACCCUAUAAUUCAUACCUUACAGCACAGAAUGAUCAUUAAUAUUCCUGUUUUAUACUCAGAAGGCACUGAAGCUGACAGAGAAUGACUUGCUCAAGGCCAUCCAAAGAAUUCAUCAUCGAUGAGCAGAAUUCUAGAUGCCCAACCUAAGGAAUGAUCUAAAAGUUAGCACCCUCCUCACCUUCCUGAUGUGAAAUGGGUGACAAAAAAACCCUUUGUGUGGUGGUAGCUCCACAGAGGGGCUUAACAUUUGAAAGUGAUUCCCCACAUGGAUUGAUAAGGCCCAGCCAUGUGAUAAGGUAUCAUACUAGUUGCCAGUGAUGUGGACACUUGACACCCUCCAAUGUUUUUAAUCCAGUAUGCACCUUUGUCUUUUGCUAGGGCCGGCCCUGCCUUUAGGCAGAGUGAGGCUGUUGCCUCAGGUGGCAGAUACUGAGGGGUGAGAAGUGGCAGUGAAAUACAGCAGAGUGGUGUUUGCCCCAUACCUGCCCUGCUCCCCCUAAGCUAGCUUGUUGCCCUCAGGCUGUGUAGGAAGAUGCUGUCCCAUCGCCAUUGUUGACAUAAGAUUCAACAGCCAGUCUAGUGAGUUUCCGUACAUGGAAUGUGAGGGGCUGCCAUCUUGUUCUUUGCCUCAGGAAGCAAAAGGUCUCAGGCUGUCCCUGUCUUUUGGAAAGUCUUAUGUAACCCUAUGCAAACCAACUGCUUGCCAAACUAUGAGUGAUUUUCCCUCAGUCCAACAGUUGCCUCUGAGGCCUUGUUGCUACCAAACUGUUAAACCUGGGGUAACCUGUAUCUCUUCACACUUGAUCUUAGUCAAAAGGCUGGAGCUGUAUCACUUCAGAUUGGAAUAAUAAUAAUAAUAAUAAUAAUAAUAAUAAUAAUAAUAAUAUAUUUUUUUAAAAAUGCCACCCAUCUGACUUGGUUGCCCCAGCCCCUCUGGGCGGCUUCCGACAACUUGAAACACAGUAAGACAUUAAAAAAAAUUAAAAACUUCCCUUCAGAUGUCUUCUAAAAGUCAGAUAGUUGUUUCUUUCCUUGACAUCUGAUGGGAGGGUGUUCCACAGGGCAGGUGCCGCUACAGAGAAGGCCCUCUGCCUGAUUCCCUGUAACUUCACUUUUUGUACUGAGGGAACUGCCAGAAGGCCUUUGGAGCUGGAUCUCAGUGAAAGCUCACACAAGUGAACACAUCUCCAUUCAGAAAAAUGCCCUGCACCUAGAAAAGUAGCAAGUCAAGAAGGAAGCUGGGAUAGAAUCCUUCUCUCUGGCAUCUGGCUUCCUUUAUGGAUGGAUUUUGGGUUGUUGGGGGUUUUUUUAAUAGAGGAGCAUUCAGUCCACCUGAAGUAUGAAGUGGAACAUCCAAGACUGAGAUUUACCAUGUCAGGGAAAAUUAAGCCUGAAUCACACAGGCCUGAAAUGGUCUCUCUUGAACAGUUUAGCACAGUCACUUUGGGCCCAUUAUGUGUCUGAAUGCUGGUGAAAUUGUCUCUUCAGUGAGAAAUCAUAUACAUCGGGGAGAGUUUUCAUUUUCAGAAAAAGUCUCCUACUGUGCCGUUCACUGAGCCUUAAGUUAUAAACCCAUCUGGAAUAGUUGCUGUUCGCACCACUGUGAAAUGGUCCUGUGAGAGGAAUGAUUCUCUUUGUCCCCUUAAGUGAGGUAAAACAUUCUUUUGACAACUUUGCCUUCUAAAUUUUAAAAGGCAAAGUUGUCAUAAUAAUAUUUUACCUCAUUUGUUUCCAGUGGGGAACGAUUCAUGGCAUCAUAUAGUGAAACACUGGUUGUAUGAGAGGGAACUUGCUUAGUUCUGAAGCCUUUCUCCUAAAAUGGAUUAUUCCCGCUUGCACCGCAUGGGAUGCACUUACAAGGAGAGAUCUACGAUGAAUUCGAUUCCAUUCGCUUUUAAAUGAACGAGAAGCUAUCUAAUUUGUUCUCAAACCAGUGCUCAGAUGGAAACACAGCUCUUCUUCAAAUUUCACACUUCUCUAAAAGUGGCAGGGCAGCUCUUCAACCAAUGUGUAUGAAAAUGCAGACUGUGUGUAUGUGUAAAAAUGCAUUGCCUUGGGGAAAAUAAUGCAUUGCACUGAGGCAAACUGCCAAAUAUACAAAAAUGCUGGUGAAUUCUUAUGAGGGGAAAAAAUCAUACAUUGCUGCAGAAAUGUGAAGAACUGAAUUUGAGAUUGGAAAAAUGGGAAAGUGAGGAGAACCCAAGUUGUCAGGUGUCUACCCCUAUGCAUAAAGUAUAUCACCCAUGUAAAACUGAGGUGAAAUUUUUUAAUUAACUAAGUCAAAAUGGCAGUGGAGAUUAGGGUCCCAUCUGCGCUAUACAUUUAAAGCAGCCUGGGAACUGUAGUUUGGUUAAGUGUGUGGAGACCUGCUAGGAGACCCCUAUUCCCCUCACAGAGCUACAAUUCUCAGAGUGGUUUAACAGUCAACCCCUCUUCCUCAUGAACUGUGGGGAAUUCAUGGCCUCUGUAUGUUUUGGGGGGGCAGAAUCAACUUGCAGUCUUAUAUUGGAGCUACAGUUUCACAAGACCUCUUUAUUGUAUGAAAAUUGGGGGUGGUCAUGUGAAUCAAACUGUCUCAUAUGUUGGGAGUGUUGUAGGAACUUUGUGGGGCCAUGCUGAGUAAACUGUCAAGUGGUCUCAUAUCUUGCAACUCUUGGUCAUCAGGUCAACUAAAGGUGCUUCCAAGGCUCGCCGGGAUCAGAUCAACGCUGAGCUGCAGAAUCUGCGCUCCCUUCUGCCCAUCUUGGAGCAAGAGAAGGAGCGCCUCUCAUACCUUCAUACCAUGGCUCUUGUCUGCUUCUACAUACGAGAGACGCAGCUUUUCCCCUCAGGUGAAUAUUAAGCCUCUCUUGCGAUGAUUGUUUCGAUUAAUGCUGACUUUAUAUGUCCUCAGAAUGCGGUGAAGUUUCUCUCUUUUUUUUAAAUGCUUUUUAUUGGCGUUUCAUUUAAGACAAACAAACAAAAUACAGUAAAAUUCAACAAUCAUUUACCCACAUUCUUUCCCCACUCUCUGCUGAGCAUGGACUUCCUUCCCUCCCUUCAACAAGUUUUCUUAUGUCAGUUACUUUUCCACAGUUUCUUAUUGUAUCCAAUCCUACCUACAUUGUAAGAUUUAUUUCAGUCCUGCCAGAGUCUUCAGAUUUCUAACAGUUAUUAUUUAUGUACUCCAUAAAUUUACUCCAAUCUUUUUGGAAUUUUGCUUCCUCCUGAUUUCGGAUUCUACAGGUCAGUUUUGCUAGUUCCGCAUAAUCAACCAUCUUCGUCUGCCACUGUAUUGUUGGUAAUUCUGGUACUUUCCAUUUUUGGGCUAACAAAGUUCUGGCAGCAGUCGUAGCACACAUAAAUAACCUUUUUCUAUUUCCUCUCCCAUCAAGCCUAGCAAGAAAGCUUCCGGCUUUUUCGGGAAAGUGUAUUUAAAUAUCUUUUUCAGUUUGUUAUAAAUCUGUUCCCAAAACUGUUCCAUUUUCUCACAUGUCCACCUUGCGAGACCUCUAAAAAACCCCACACUGCUCAGAAUUCCCCUAAGGUCUAUUCCGCACUUCUUUUCCGAUGGCUGCGGCAAACAGGAAGUCUAAUGUGGACAAGUUUCUCCAGUGUGAUGUAGGCCUCCCUAAGGAAGCUUGGACAGUUGCUAGAGAGGGACACACAUUCUCUUUCUGCAGUAAGGGUGGGGAAAUUGUAGCUGCCCAGAUGUUGUUGGGACUCCCAUCAGCCCCAGCCAGCACCGCCAGUGGUCAGGGAUUGUGGGAGAGGUGGUUCAGUGACAUCUGGAGCACAAGUUGGUGGCCCAUUCCUGCUGUAAAAUGUUUGCACGUGUGGCGAGCGGUCACAGUGCUGACCUCCCUCUCACCAAUCUUACUUUAUCAAGAUGCAUUCUGAAAAACAGCAACGAAGGUGGUGGGGACAUGAUACCUUGAUUUAGGGUGGGGUAAGGAGAAGUGACUGUUGGAUUGAAUAAUCUUAGGAAAUCACAGGUCUGUAAGUAAUGAGUUGGCAGCCAGCCUCCAAGCUUGCUCCCAUGCAAAAGCUAUUCCAGAAGAUGGGUAGACUGAGUUACCGUAUAUAUGACACAAUUUAAAGCACAUUCAGCACCUAUUUCAAACACACGAAUCCUCCCAAGUGGCCUAGAACUGUCACUUUCCCCUCACAGAGCUACAAUCCCCAGAACCCGUUACAAACUACAGUUCCCAGGAUUAUUUGAGGGAAGCCAUGUGGAUUAAAUGUGUGUUGAAUGUGCUUUGAAUGGAUGGUGCCGAUCUUCCUCGUGUGUCUUAUCCAAUGUUCACUAUGCCAAAGAUAUCUCCCUGUGGCGUUUUCACAUCUGUUUGCUUGCAUCUGCUCACAGGGGUGGCUUAUAACUUCCUUUUAUGAAAAUAUUUACAACUCUCUUCUUCUUUCUUCUUUGGCGAUCACUCGUAGCCGAGCAAGAUUGUCUCCCAUGAACAUGGUCUUAACAGUGAGUCCAUAAGUGACUGUGGAGGCCAAUUCUGGAUCCACACAUCCUUCCACAGUGGGGACAUAGAUUUCCAGGUGGAAGUAGAUCACAGUGAGGGUUUCCCAAACAUGCCUUCCUCUUAGCUCGUUUCUCCUUUUCACCCUGAGUUCGUGCUUCCAUGACACCUUGGGUAAGGGCUGUUCUCCAACUGGAGCGCUCGCAGGCCAGUGUUUCCCAGCGAUCAGUGCUUAUACUACAUUUUUUAAGAUUUGCUUGAGAGCGUCUUUAAACCUCUUUUGCUGUCCACCGGUAUUUUGCUUUCCAUUCUUAAGCUGGGAAUAGGGUAGUUGCUUUGGAAGAUGAUAAUCAGGCAUCCGAACAACAUGACCAGUCCAACGAAGUUGAUGUUGAAGAAUACUCAAUCAUAUUGGGAUCUGAGCAGAGAACGAGAAGACAUUUGAAACAGUCGCUCCAUUAAUACAGGAGGGUCUGGGGUGGACAUGGGAAUUGCUCACACUUACCAAGAUGGGGCAGGUCAGGGUGGUGGUGAGGUCAGGACUCCCUAAGCUCAUUGGUGGCUGCACCUGAUUGGACAGGGUGGUGGUGAGGUCAGGACUUCCUAAGCUCAUUGGUGGAUGCACCUGAUUGGACAGGGUGGUGGUGAGGUCAGGACUCCCUAAGCUCAUUGGAUGCACCUGAUUGGCUCUGUCAGUGCAUCUAUGGAGCGCCCCCUACCUUUACCCCUGCACCAUUCAUGGAAGCAUCAAGGACUGUCACAGGACACCAGACCCCUCCAUACCAGCUGCUCCUGUAUUAAUAAAACUAAAGGGUAUAAAGCAAUAAAUGACAACAAUAAUCUUAAAGCACAGAAAAGCUGGUUUUCCCUAUUAUCAGUUAACAAUAAACACCACCACCGUGAAUUCAGACUGGAAAUGUUCACACAUGCAUUCUGCAGUGGUACAUUUUCUCUUUCUUCCCCCUCACAGGGGAAACUGCAGUUUUCAUCAGGAAAAUGGUAUAAGGGGAAAGGGUUAAGUAGCCCCCCCCCCCGCAAACGCCAUGGCCCCAACCUGACCCUCCACCACUACCAGUGGGGUGGUGGCUGAACUCUAGGAAAUUAUGGUUGUGGAUCUUCCUUGUCAUGUCUAAUUGCACCCUUAUUUCUAUUUAAAGGAGAUAUAGGAGAGGUAGCGAAGAGUAAGCAUACAGUGAGCAAGCAGCUGGCUUUAUGAAUGGGAACACUUUAUCCAUCAUGGUCUCCUCUAAGGUGUAUUUUACCUGAAGACAUUUUCCUGUCUUCCCUUUUUCUUUUUGAAUUGUCCCUGAGAGGAUCAGUGCAAGAGCUAACAUGCCCUUUAGCUGCAUUUUUUACAAAAAAAAAACACCAAAAAACAUUUUUUGGUUUAUUUUUUGCAGUGCCAUUAGAUCACACGAUAAAGUGAAAGAAGCUGCAAUGACCUUGAUAUUGUUCUUCCAUAAUUAUGUUCCAAGACGGGCAUGUUCUGUUCUGCACAAUGUAUUGCCUGAAAGAUGUUGUUCUCUUCUAAUCUAUAACAUAGAAGGAGGAGCUCACUUGGCAGAAAACAGCAAAGACCUAAAUCAACCUCACGGAGACGGAUUUCUGCGGAGAGAGGAAUUUGCUGUGAUAGCCUUGAUUAGUGAAACUGACUAAGUAGCGAGCUGGAAAGCAAGUGCUGAGGGAAUGCAAUCUGAGUUAUUCAGACUGAAAUCCUACACUUACCUACUUGGGAGUAAGUCUCUUAGAACUCAGUGGGGCUUACUUCUGAGUAGGCAAGUAGAGAAUUCUGUUGUUAUAUGUUGGUGUGUACAAACCAAACAUUUGAGGUGCGUUUCUCACCCCAGAACCCUGGGAGCUGUGGUUUAACCAUCACAGAGCUAUAGUUCUCACAUCCUAAACAUACUACAGUUCCUAGGAUUCUUUGGCAGGGAGUGUUUUUAAUUAAAAGCAUAUACACAGCCUUUGGCUGCAAUCUUGUACGCUCUUAAGGUAAAGGUAAAGGUACCACUGAUCAUUAGGUCCAGUCAUAGCCGACUCUGGGGUUGUGGCGCUCAUCUCGCUUUAGUGGCCGAGGGAGCCAGCGUUUGUCCGCAGACAGCUUUCGGGUCAUGUGGCCAGCAUGACUAAGCCGCUUCUGGUGAACCAGAGCAGCGCACGGAAACGCCGUUUACCUUCCUGCCAGAGCGGUACCUAUUUAUCUACUUGCACUUUGACAUGCUUUUGAACUGCUAGGUUAGCAGGAGCAGGGACCAAGCAACGGGAGCUCACCCCGUCGUGGGGAUUCGAACCGCCGACCUUCUGAUCAGCAAGUCCUAGGCUCUGGUUUAACCCACAGCGCCACUUGCGUCCCAAGUCUUUUACCUGGUAGUAAACUCCACUGAAUAUAGUAGGAUUUUCUCCUGAGUAAACAUGUGUAGGCUUGCUCUGUUAAAAUGGUAGUCUGUCUUGUGCUACUGUUCAGGGUGAGCAAUGGGAGUGUACAGAAAUGCCUUCCUUUUCAGAAGGCUCACAAUUUAAAUUUCCACACCGGUUAGAGUGUAGAAAGGGGAAUGAUUGAGGAGAGGGGAGCACUGAAUUCCUUAUUUCUUGCUCCAGGAAAACCUAAGAGCCAGGCUGCAGAUAUUUAAACGCUGAACCUUUCUUAACACUUCCCCACCAAAGAUCCCCUCCUUUCUAACCCCAACCCAUCCCCAUCUUAUUAAACCAUUGAUAAAAAAAAUCUGCAGCCAAAUCCCCUCCUGUUGCCUGUUUCUAAGGGCUGCUCCCGGUGACCUUUUUUCUCAGCCUUCAUUCUGAUUCGCUUGCACAAAGCUUAUUCGGAGGUUAGACUACAUCCAGUGUUUUCCGAGUGUUCAUUCUGAUUUGUAUGCAGGGGGGUUAUAUGGCACUGGACAUUCAUCCUGCAUUAAUUCUAGUGUGCUUACUAGGUGUUUUUAUGUCUUCCCAUUAAUCUUACGUUCAUUCCCUAUUUUUCAGUGCAUUUCCCCAUCACUUUCCUAAUCACAAAAAACUAUUAAUUUUCUGAAAAGGUGACAGAGCACUUUAAUCUAAACUAAUUACACAAAAGUAAAUUUUGCAGCGUGCACAUGCAUCUCUCCUUCAAAAUACUGACAGCCUGAAGCCUAACACAAAGGAAUGCUUUGAGCCAGAUUUCUUCCUCUGCAUUGGCCCAAGCCACUCUCCCUCCCUAAGCAGUAAGCUCCUGUGUCAAUAUUGCUCAUCAAACUGCAUGUGACACUAACGAGGGAUGGAUGGAUCAGUCUAUUUCAGGUCCAUGGCAGCUUUGCAUGCAUUCACACUUGAUGUGUUCUGCGUGAGUCACUUCCAACUCAUUUCUGCAUUACUCUACAAAAUUUCUUUUUAAUAAUCCAUACAAAAAUUCCUGUUUAAAUACAUAUGUGUAUUUUAUCUCAAUGCACACAUGCCUAAAGAUGGCUUGAUCAUAAAAUAUGCAUUUAAAACACAUUUUAGUAUGUUUGUUUGUGCUGAGACCUAUCACAAAUUUCAGAGCGUUGUGAAAUCCAAAGGAUAAUUGUUCUCACAUCUGAGGGAAGGUCAUUUUCCUUCAGGAGUCACAGAAACUGAAUUCCCCAAGCAUCUCUGUGUAAAAUACAUAGUUAAAGGUAUGUGUAUCUCCCUGCCCCCACCGGAAAACUCAGUGUGCUGCGCAUCCUGAUUAGGAUUGGGACCAUAACAGAUUUAACUCUUUGCUCUCACACCAUGAUCUAAGUGAAAACCCUCUUCCUCAAAAUUGCUAUUUGGCACAGGAGAGAAAUUUCCAUCGGUGCAAAAGUGAGCAUCUUUCCUGUGCUGGAUAGCAACUUUGGAAGGUCUGGGACGAUUCUCAUCCUGGCCUGAUACCAGAAUCCAUGGAGAAGGAGGCAAGACUGGUCAGAAAUCUCAGGACCACGGAGAGCUCCAAGUGAACAGCUUGCUCCAAAAAUAGUUGAGAGCACAUGGAACCUUUUAAUGCCUUUGCUUUCAGGCUCCACCCCAUUGUGACUAACUAACCUGACAUUCCUAAAGGGCCAACACUCUGCCCUGGAGAUUUGCACUUCUCCAUUCCAUAGCCUCACACCUGGUGCGCUCCCUGUGCUGCUGGGCUGCUGAGAUCUUAGAGGAGCCAUUUGAUGCCUAAAGCCCUGGGGUAGGUGCCUGUGAGGUUGUACACUCUGGCCCUACAGAUACAGGAGGUUCUUCUGGGGGUGCUUUUGUUCCUCAGCCUGUCAUUUCAUGUUCUCAAUCAGCUGGACAAUCAGAGCGCCCUACACUUGAUCUAGCUUCUUGGCUACAAAGCCUGCAGUCUCUGAUGUGGAGACUUGGCUGCUGCUGGACUCUGGGAUCACAACAGGGGAAAAGGGGGAAUCAACUGCAACAAAAAAACAACAACAUUUGGCCUAUGCAUCUAAGUCAAGGCAGUCUGCAUUCAGCACCAUUUAGCAACAGUGGCACAACCUCCACAGGUAUAGCUGACCUAAGAGGUGUGGUUUUGAUAUGGGCAAUGGCAUACUGUACGGAGUGAGCAAGUGAGCUCAUUGCGAUGCCUCAAUGCUUCAGCAUACCUUCGCUCGUACUUUUCCACUCUUGCGCCAUUUGUGCCUUUUACCUAAUUUGCACAUUCCCACCUUUUUAAUUAUUAAAGUAGUCAUGCCGUAGCACUUACAUUAAAAAGCCUUUUAGCGUAAAUUUCAACAUUGAUUUUGAAAAACGCUGCCUUUCCACUUGGUGCCAUUUUAUCACCGUAGGGGUUUUUCCCUCCUUCCUCCGCUUUUCACAUGUAUUUAUUUUCCUUCUACUUUUUAGCCUUAUUCGAGAAAUUGCAUAAUAGUCUGAAAUUUUAAAAAAAGUGUGGGAGCACACAUUUUAAAAUGCAAAAAGAGAGAGAGAGAUACUCAGGUGAAUUGCCCCCUUUCUGCCCAUAAGUGUGGAUUAAACACAGGGGGAGAUAUACGCACACAGUAAGCUCUAUACUCCUCCUCUUCAGCUUAAACAUUUUAAAGUAAUUUCCAGGACCGGCUGUGUGCUAAGUAUUGCAAUCAGUGUGUACUUGAGAAAUUUGAUACAGUCAGAACCCUGUUUGAUUAGAUCCCUCUUCCUCCAACGCCCCCGCCAGCCACCUCCUGGAGAUGCAACAUUAAAAAAUAGCAUGGUUUUGGAAGUAGCUCUGGGUCUACAAUGACCCAGAGAAACUCUGUGACACCCCAACUCUAGACAUCCUUUUUAUUGUGCAUUUGUUAUUAUCUGUGCUCAAGAUGGUAUUGGGCUGGUUGUAUGCAAUCCCAUCUUAAGUACUGUUCAUGCCUGCAAACGUUUUUGGGGUGGACAUACUGCUUUGUUUCAAACUGGUGUAUGUCCCACUACUUCCUGUGUGAGAGCCAGUGUGGUGCAGUGGUUAAGAGCAGUGGACUCGUAAUCUGGUGAACUGGGUUCGCGUCCCCGCUACUCCACAUGCAGCUGCUGGGAGACCUUGGGCUAGUCACACUUCUCUGAAGUCUCUCAGCCUCACUCACCUCACAGAGUGUUUGUUGUGGGGGAGGAAGGGAAAGGAGAUUGUUAGCCGCUUUGAGACUCCUUCAGGUAGUGAUAAAGAGGGAUAUCAAAUCCAAACUCUUCUUCCUGCUGAAACCCUGUAACUUUUUAUACUGGAUGUUUGUGGUGCGGGGAAGGGGGAGGUGUCCUGCCUUUGUUCCACUAUAGUGCAAAAGUGCUGCUUCGGAUUACUGUAGAGUGACAACUCUGGCAAAAAUUUUUUUAAAAUUGUUGGCUUUAAAUGUGUUUUGAUGUAUUUUGAUUACUGUUUUUAGUUUGUUUUUAUUCCUUUGUAUUUUAUAGUGUAGUUUUUUUAAAGUUUGUAAACUGCCUUGAAACCCAACUUAGCGGGGAAAGUGGGAUAUAAAUACUUUAAAUAAAUAAAUACACACUGGGGAAGCAUCGCAGAACAACUAACAAAACGGAAUGGUGUGUAGACAGUCCAUUAUAAAUCUGCUACCAAUGCACUGUUAUUGCAUCAAUGGCACGUCCAGAAUAUACCUGCAAGAAAAAUGGGGCUGGGGCUCUGUCCUGGCCUACAAAUGGAACCUAGGCUUAGCUCAUAAUCAGAAUUGUAGAGUUGGAAGGGACUACAAGGAUAUUCUAGUCCGGGCUUCCUCAACCUUGGCCCUCCAGAUGUUUUGAGACUACAGUUCCCAGCAUCCCUGACCACUGGUUCUGCUAGCUAGGGAUCAUGGGAGUUGUAGGCCAAAAACAUCUGGAGGGUCGAGGUCGAGGAAGCCUGUUCUAGUCCAACCCCCUGCAAUGCAGAAAUCUUUUGCCCAAUGUCAGGCUGAAACCCACGACUCUGCGAGUGUCAUGCUCUUACCGAAGGAGCUAUAUACUGAUGCUCUUCUAUGCAACUUAAAUAUUAAACCAGUCUAGGUUUAGUUAGAAAAUACCCUGUUCUUUUAAUUUUAAUGCAAUGCCCCAUUACAUCCGUCACUUUACUCCUGAAUCUUUAAUAGUACUUUAAUUAAAAAUCUGGAGUUGAACCACAAUGCUUUACUUUAGGGGACUCUUACCCACACGACGGUCCUGCCUAAUGCUACUGAGCUGAUGGAAGAAGAACGGACUAAAUCCCUAUCCGUAUGUUCAACAGAAUGCACACAUGAGGGCUUAAACUGGGGAGGGGGAACAGGCACACACAUGCAACCCCCUCCCCAGCAUCUCUGUCUGCCUGGGUUACGCCUGUCCCCAAACUCCCCACAUUCAACAGGAACGUCUGGCGGGGGGCUUGUAAGCGCAUUCCUACAUUGUGCAAAAUGGACCUCCCGAUAAGACGGCAUCGGCAGUAAGCCCUCACCUGCAGAGUUGCUCAGAGUUGCUCAGAGUUGCUCACCUGUAUAGCUCAGUCAGGUAUAUAAGGGGUGAGACAAUAUUUCACAAUAGUGAAAAUAACAUACAAAGAUGCAUCGUAUAGGGUAAGCCCUUGCGUGUUCUUUUGAACACGUUAACAGGGCUGUAAGUCUGUCUCUUCCAUAAGGCUAACUCAAAAUAAUUUGCUGCCUGAUGCAAAGGACAUGAGGGCAGGUAAAGGUAAAAAGGUAAAGGACCCCUGGAUGGUUAAGUCCAGUCCAAGGCGACUAUGGGGUUGUGGCGUUCAUCUCGCUUUCAGGCCGAGGGAGCUGGCAUUUGUCCACAGACAGCUUUUCGGGUCAUGUGGCCAGCAUGACUAAACCGCUUCUGAGGGCAUCCCACAUACAAAAACCAAUUUGGUCAGGCAGUUGAAUAAUUUUGAUGCUGGUGGUAGGAUAUAGUCCUCCACAACUCCUGAGGCAACAGGCUGGUUUUUUGUGUGGUGGGAAGAAUGCAUGUUGUCUAGCAUAUACAGCUCUGUCCUCCAACAGAGCAAGAUGGCCAGGGGCUGUAAAACGAACAACCAGGGGGUUGCUGCUGCCUGAGGCGGUUGCUGCCUGAGGCAGUCACCUCAUACUGCCUAAUGGUAGGGCUGAGUCUGCCCUUUCCUCUUUGCGGCACCACAAAUUUGAAUCUUCCAUGUACAGUGGUACCUCAGGUUACAAACACCUUGGGUUACAAACAUUUCAGGUUACAGACUCCGCUAACCUGGAAGUAGUACCUCGGGUUAAGAACUUUACCUCAGGAUGAGAACAGAAAUUGUGCACCAGCGGUGUGGCGGCAGCGGGAGGCCCCAUUAGCUAAAGUGGUACCUCAGGUUAAGAACGGUUUCAGGUUAAGAACAGACCUCCGGAACGAAUUAAGUUUGUAACCAGAGGUACCACUGUAUUCAGAAGUGGGCUGCCUACACACCACACAUUUAGAACGCAUCUAAAGCAUGCAGCUUCCCCCAAAGAAUUAUGGGAAGUGUAGUUCAUCCAUCAUUGGAGCUACAAUUCCCAGCAUCCUUAACAAACUACGAGUCCCAGAGUUCUUUGGGGGAAGUAAUGUGCUUUAAUUGUGUAUGUGGCCUAAAGUAUUAAAAGGUGGGUGGUGGCACCACUACCCAUGCGUCAAAAGAAGUCUCUGGGUCGUUCUGCCUCACAAGGGAGGCAGAAGCUAGAGAGCCUGUGCAUAACACACUGCAAACAGAUUGUGACCUCUUUAUGCACAAAUCAGGGCUCUCUCGCUCUCUCGUCUGACACAGGGGCUGAAAAGAGGAGGAGCUGGAAGGUGAUGUGCAGCAAGCCUUUAGCCAAUGAAUGGGAAGCCUCGUUCUGUCGAUCCAGAGAACCAAUUAAUCUAUCUCUUUAUUUUCUCAGAUUUACAUGAAGCGAUGGGACUAGCCUCUAAUCUCGCAAUGUCUGCUGCACUGAAAGAUCCAGAACUGCUGCUUUCCCUCCCGGGGUUCAUCCUGGCUUUCAAUGCAAAUGGCAAACUGGCUCACGUCUCUGAAAAUGUGUCCCACUUCCUUGGAUUUUCUGUGGUAAGUCCAGGCUAUUGCAGGUGGGAGGAAGCCAAGUUUGCCUUGCUUGGUCUAAUCCAGGCAUAGGCAAACUUGGCCCUCCAGAUGUUUUGGGACUACAACGCCCAUCAUCCCUGACCACUAGUCCUGUUAGCUAAGGAUGAUGGGAGUUGUAGUCCCAAAACAUCUGGAGGGCCGAGUUUGCCUAUGCCUGGUCUAAUCUAAUGCAGUACUGUUGUCGAAUUCAGCUAGCUAUCUCUCUCCAAGCUCUAAUUUGAGUUUUUUCCAAACCUUUUUCACUACAAUGCUUUCAACUGGAGGCAAGAAGGAUUGGGGCUGAAAUUUGUCAACCUGCAAAACAUGCUAACAUUUGCAGUGGGAAACGUCUGUGGCAUGAAAUGCUAUGGUGUGCAAGUAGGUCAAAAAAGGCAAUUUUGCUUACAACUCCUAAAGCUUUUGUUAGAAUAUUUAAGGUCACACUUCUCCUUCAAAAGUUGAUAGUCCUCAAGGUUUCACUUUAAAAAUAUCAUGGCACACAGCUACAUGCUAAACAAGUUGCCUGUCGUCAUUCAUUGGCUGCUAUGAUUUCUCAUACUCUUCUUGCAGGUAGAACUCUUAGCCCACACUGACUCCAUCUUUGACCUCUUGAACAGCCCAGCAAGCGGGAUUGUCCAGGAGAAGCUUGGUUUUGCCCAGCAGCAUCCAGGCACUGGUAAGGACAGAUCUUUGCAGCUGGGGGAUAAUUAAUAUUUAUGUUACACGGCAUCAUCUCAGCUGGUUAGCAUGGUAUGCUGAAGAAAUAAACAUCAGCGUCCGAUUUCAUAUAUUCCUUUAAUGUGAAAAGCAAAGUUUCCUUUCUUUUUUUUGUUCUUUGUUUCUUGUCUAGAAAAAGAAAUAUAUUCCACCUUUUAUAAAUUGAUUUCAGGGUAGUUUAGAGUCGCACACAAAUACAAUAAAAACAAACAUCCAUUAAAGCCACAAUAGAACAACAGAAUACUGAGAUCAAUUCAAAUCAGCCAGCGCAUCUGAAAACCCUGGGUGAACAACACCAAAGCUUAACCUGGAAUCUGAAAAAUAACAAAGAAGGUUCCAGUGAAGCCUUGUUGAGGAGGAAGUUCUAUAAACAGUCAGUCACAGUGGUCUCCACGACCCACCUCACUUCUGGGGCACUCAAAGAAAGGCAUCAGCAAAUUACUUGCAUACUUGGAAAGUUAAAACAAGAAAAGUUAUUCCUUUAGGACAGGAGUUGGGGAAACACUGCAGAUGUUCCUGGACUCCAGUUCCCAUCAGCUCCAGCCAGUAUGCCAGAGACUAUGGGAGUUGUAGUCCAUCAAUAUCUGCUGUGCCACAGGUUGUCUACUCUUGCUUUAAAGGUAAAGGGACCCCUGACCAUUAAGUCCAGUCGUGGAUGACUCUGGGGUUGCGGCGCUCAUCUCGCUUUACUGGCCGAGGGAGCCAGCGUACAGCUUCUGGGUCAUGUGGCCAGCAUGACUAAACCGCUUCUGGUGAACCAGAGCAGCACACGGAAACGCUGUUUACCUUCCCGCCGGAGCGGUACCUAUUUAUCUACUUGCACUUUUACGUGCUUUCAAACUGCUAGGUGGGCAGGAGCAGGGACCAAGCAAUGGGAGCUCACCCCGCCGCAAGGAUUCGAACCUCCGACCUUCCAAUUGGCAAGCCCUAGGCUCAGUGGUUUAGAUUACAGCGCCCCCCGUGUUCCUCUUGCUUUAGAUGGUCUUAACUCUAACUGCAACCUGGGUGUAAAAUGCAUCUUCUCAAACAACACGGAAUUGGGUGACAAGUCAUUUUCUUUCAUCUUGUCAGACUAGGGAGAGUGAAUGUGGGACCUUCCAGAUGUUGAUGGACUAGAGUUCCCAUCACCCCUAACUAGCAAGACCAAUAGCAAGGGAUGAUGGGAGUUGUAGUCCAGGAGCAUCUAUAGCCACAGAUCACCCAUCCCUGUAUUAGACCACAGAACUGGAUUUAAAAUCGGGUUACACAGAGAAUGAGUUUUGUGUUGGUGUACUUAUUGCAAAAAGGAAUCGGAGGAGCGCCUCCAAGUUCCUGCCUAGUAUCAGCCCUCACAAACCUCAAUCUGCCUCUGAGCUUUAAGCAUCCUGAUUUAUUUAUAUUUUAAUUGCUGCAGAAAUUGAGUUCAUCACUGAAAUGCGCACUCUGAGAGCCUUUCGGGUGAGGUAUGGAAGGAACCGUUUGAUGUCUGUGCGUGGCAAAUUCCUCAUGCUCAACCCGCAGUCGACCUCCUCCUCUCCUGCCUUGACCUUUGUUGCCUUCUGUACUCCUGUCACACACCUAUCAGAAGAUGUAGAUGGGGCUUCCAAGGACUCCUCAUUCCAGAGCCAGCACACACUGGAUAUGAAGAUCGUGGAGAUGACUGACAAGUAAGAAAAAUCCACUAUUUGAGCAGUUUAGUAGGGCCAGUAUGGAUAUUAUUUAUGAUAUAAUUUAUUCAAUUUAUAUCCUGCCCUUCCUCCCGAAGCCAAAGGAACCCAGGGUGACAAGCACAUCAAUUUUAAAAACAAACAAAACAUUUUUUGAAGCAUUAUAAGACCAGUUAAAAACAUUCUAUCAGCCAUUGAUUUCAGGGUUGCCAGGAGCAGCAGUUUCCAGGCAUCAAACACCGGGGUAAAAGAAAUGUUUUUCAAUUGUUCCUGAAAGUCAGUAGUGAUGGAGAGGGAUGCAUCACACAGCGACAGCAUUCUACAAACGGAUUGAGUUGCCAAAUGACCAGAAAAGAAAACCUGCCCUCUGUUCCUGUGUUUUGAUCUGCAAUCACUAGCAGGUGAAGAUUUUCAUGGAAAUCGACUGCUGCCAGAGCUUUUGGUGGCCGGGCUUGGGCAGAAUCACACUUACCUGUAUAAGCACAGGAGCAGAGGCCAGUAAACAAAUAAGUUGGCAAUCUUAUUCUAGGCAGUGGUGUUUGCUUGGCACAAAAGUUCUGUUGUUGCCUAUUGUGCUUUCUUUCCCACUUAAUGAUGGAGAUAUGUUAUGUACUGAGUUGAAUAGGAUCCAAAAUGCAGCAGUCUGAUUGGUCCUAGAACAAUGCAGCAGUAUGAUUGGUCCGCAGAAGCCACCCAAUCCAGCUCCAGGUGGAAGUGAAUCUGCAACCUGAUUGGCCUAUAGGAAUUAGCCAAUCACGUGCGGCCCAUUGUGUAAAUAAUGUAUAUAAAGCAGAUAUUUGGGGGGAACAUUCAUUCCUCGCUACUAUGAGCUGAAUAAAGAGCAUGAAAUCCACACUCAACUCCGAGUAUAUUUCAUAUUGAUUAAACUCUUCCCUGUUUUCUCCCCCUCAAGCGUUAUUUACCAUCUUGGUUAUCAAAAGGAAGAGCUGGUUGGACAGUCUUGGUACCGUCUCCUGCAUCCUGAAGAUACUGGAAGAGCUGUAGAGAUUCACAGGACUCUGAGUGAGUGUUGCACCUGAGACAAGAAUGACUAGGAAGAUGGAAGCAACAUCCACACCUCUUUAACAGUCAUGGCAUCACUCAGAGAAUCAUGGGAGCAUUCCUACACACAUCCCUACGGAAGUAAACCCUACUGAAAACAUUGGGGUCUACUUCUAAGUAAACAUCCAUAGGCUUGCACCAUUGGAGUGCUCUCACUGCAUAGUAUUAAACAAGCUGGCCACUAUUUUUUUAGACUCAGCUCUCAUCUAUGAUUUGGUGAAACAGCUGGCCUAACUUGCAGGGUGUUGUAUAGACAUAUACAGUCAUACCUCGGGUUACAGACACUUCAGGUUGCGUUUUUCGGGUUGCAGACUGCCGAAACCUGGAGGUACCAGAACGGGUUACUUCCAGGUUUUGGUGGUUGCGCAUGCGCAGAAGUGCUAAAUUGUGCUUUGCGCAUGCACAGAUGCGCCAAAUCUCAACCUGCAUGUGCGCAGAUGCGCCGCUGCAGGUUGCAAACGUGCGUCCACUGUACUAAUGGAAUUUGGAGUAGGGUGGUUAGAGAAGAGGUGGGGAAAGAGUACAGGGUGCCUGCAUGUUCAAUACUUUUGUAGAAGAGGGUUGUUAUGCAGCUAGCCACCUUAAUUUUAAGAGACUGCAAGGGUCAGGUAGCCUCGAUACUGGCAGCAAAUCUCAUGUGACAAUGUACCUGUGAUAGGUAGCCAUCCAGCCUCUGCCAGAUUUGAAUGGCUUUAAAAGAGGAUUAAAUAAAGUCAUGGAAAAUAAGGCUAUCAAUUGUUUGCUAAUCCUGAUGGCUAUAUGAUUCUAUCUCCACUGUUGGACACAGAAUGCUUCUGAAUACUGAUUGCUGGGAAAUGCAGGGGAGGGUGCUGUUGUCCUACUUGCAGUUUUCCUAGUCAUAUGGUUGACCACUAUGAGAACAGGAUGUUGGACUUGAUGGGCCAUUCCCCCGAUCCAGCAGAGCUCUUCUUAUAAUCUAAUUGGGUCCGUGGACCAGAGCCACAGCUGGCUUACUUGUUUCAGCUGGCCUUUGGGACUCAGGAUUAUGUUGGCAUAACUGCUUUGCAAACUUGUCAAUAUAGAACAGUGGCAAUACGUAAUUUCAGCUCAGUUGACUGCUGUUCUUCCAGUUACCAGGCGUUCUAUGCGCCUAUGUUUAAACAAAUAACCCUUUCUUAUUUUUGCAGUUUCAGUGCAUGAUUCUGGGAGACACAUUCGGCACACGGUAGUCCGUCUACUCUGCAAGGACCUGAGUUGGGCUUGGGUGCGAGUUCUUGCGAUAAGGGAGAAUGGAAAGGGAGGAGAGCUGAUCACUUGCACCAACCACAUUCUCAGGUAAAGACUUUCCCUGCAUAGGUAAUAGUAAAGGUAAAGGGACCCCUGACCAUUGGGUCCAGUCAUGGCCGACUCUGGGGUUGCGGCGCUCAUCUCGCUUUAUUGGCCGAGGGAGCAGGCGUACAGCUUCCGGGUCAUGUGGCCAGCAUGACUAAGCCGCUUCUGGCAAACCAGAACAGGGCACGGAAAUGCCGUUUACCUUCCUGCUGGAGCGGUACCUAUUUAUCUACUUGCACUUGACGUGCUUUCGAACUGCUAGGUUGGCAGGAGCUGGGACAGAGCAAUGGGAGCUCACCCCGUGGCUGGGAUUCGAACUGCCGACCUUCUGAUCGGCAAGCUCUAGGCUCUGUGGUUUAGACCACAGCAUCACCUGUGUCCCGGUAAUAUUCAAGGGCAAUUCCCAACUAAGGUGCUUCCUUCAUUUUAAAUUAUGUUGCAGUGGAACUGACUCCCUUGGGAGGUCGCGGACUCUCCUUCCUUGGAGGUUUAUAAGCAGAGGUUGGGUAGCCAUCUUUCAUGGAUGCUUUAGCUGAGAUUCCUGCAUUGCAGGGGGUUGGACUAGAUGACCCUUGGGGUCCCUUUCAACUCUACAAUUCUAUGGUUCUGUGAAUUAUUAUUAUUUGCAUUCUACAUCAUUAUCUUGAUGUGAUGUAUAAUAAACACAUUUAAAACUGCAGAUAUAUUUAAAACUAAACUAAAACAAAAUAGACCCUGCCAACACCCAUUCAUCCGCCUGGGAAAACCGCUUGGAACAAAAAUGUCUUCCUUCAUUUCCAGAAAGCACAGAUGGUGGCUGGCUGCCAGAUUUCAACAGGAAUGCUGUUCCACAGAACUGGGGCAGUCACACUAAAAGCCCUGCUCCAAGUUACUUUGGAGAGGGCUUCUGAGAUCUUUGGAACUUGCAGGAAAAGCUCUCCCACAGAUUGUAGUGACCUACUGGGUAUAUAAGAGAUUAGGAAGUUUCUCUAGUAACCCGGUCCUGUAUAGACCUUAUGUGUUAGUACCAACACCUUGAAUUUCACUGAGUAGCAGCUUGGAAGCCAGUGCAAAUCCCACAAGGAAAGUGAUAUAUAUGCUGGCAGUAGUUUGUCUACACAAGCAGCCUCACUGCUGUCCUGUGCACCAGUUGCAGCCUCCAGAGCAUCCUCAAGCACAGCUCCACAUAAAAUGCAUUGCAUGACCAUGAGAUGGGGACCCAGUCAUUGCCGUCCUCUUCUCCCCACGGCUCUUCUGACUUUUCUCAUAAUCUAAGUUUGAAAAAAGAACUCAGAACAGUAGCACAGUUUAUGUCUUCUUUGCCGUAACACAAGGUUGUACUCAACUGAUUCACAACAGGUUAGACCCCUUGUAAUUAAUGGGUGUGACUAAAGUAAAAUCCAUGGAUUUGAAUGGAUUCGUUCCGAUAGUAGUUGGAGACAUGCCCUAGUUUUAAAGAGGUUUUCUUGAAAAUAAUUGGGCAAUAGCGCUUUAGAACAUGUUACAUCAUUCGACUUUUAAAAAGAUUGCUGAAAUAAUGUCUUUGGGGUGUUUUUUUUAAAUUGCUGUUAAGGCAACUUGUGCUUUCCCUUCCCUGCGCUUAUGGAAUGCAAUGGACAGAAUAUAGCUGGAUGUACAGUGGUACCUCAGGUUACAUACGCUUCAGGUUACAGACUCCGCUAACCCAGAAAUGGUACCUUGGGUUAAGAACUUUGCUUCAGGAUGAGAACAGAAAUCAUGCUCCUGCGACGUGGCGGCAGCAGGAGGCCCCAUUAGCUAAAGUGGUGCUUCAGGUUAAGAACAGUUUCAGGUUAAGAACGGACCUCCGGAAUGAAUUAAGUACUUAACCCGAGGUACCACUGUACACAGAAAGGAAAAGCAGUUGCAGCAGCAAGGAUAGCAGUUUGAAAAGUCGACUGCAUUUCCACUUGUAGCAUACAACAAAAGAUGAAAAAAGUGCUCCUCCAGACAACCCGCUUAUUGAGCAUUUAUCCUGAUUUUCUUGCACAAAGCUUAUGCAGAGGUUUGGUUAGAUCUAGGCUUUAUUGAGCAUUCAUCCUGGUUUGCUUGCGGGGUGUUUAUAUAUCUUCCUGUGAAUCAUUCAUUCAUCUUCCACUUUUCAGUGCAUUUCCAUGUCACUUUCCUAACUACAAAAAAUCCUCUUUUUUUUCCUUUUUCAAAGUGAAUUCGCUGUGCUAGGGCAGCAGAGCAUUUUAAUUGUACAAACCUAAAUUUUCUGUAUGCACUUAAAUCACCGCCCCCCCCCAAAGGUCUGGAGGCAGCCUUUAAUGAAAAGCGCUAGGACAGGGGUCUGCAACCUUUAAGACAAAAAGAGCCACUUGGACCCGUUUCCGAAGGGAAAAAAACUGGGAGCCGCAAAACUUGUCAUUAUAAAAAUAACUUUUUUGUCACUUUUUUAUUAUUUCUUUGUUUGACCCCUCAGAAUUACUCCUCCUUAUAGAAAUAAACGUUAAAUUAACAAGUUACCUUUUUGUGUGUGUGUGUUCUUCACUCCCCUUCAAAACAGUGACCAGCGUACAUGCCCCCUUUCAAUGCAGUGACCAGCGUACAUGCCCCUUACAAUGUAGCGGGUGGCCGGGCGGGAAGGUGACGUCGGGACGGUGCGUGACUAACGCACGCACCGCCCCCAUGCGACGUCACAGCCAGUACAGCGCCCGCCACAGUGGGGAGUGUCAGGGCGCACAAUGCGCCUCCUCCCCUCGCUAGUAUCCACCCCGGAGCCACGGCAAAGGUGUAAAAGAGCCACAUGCGGCUCCGGAGCCGCGGGUUGCAGACCCCUGCGCUAGGAAAAAGGAACAUUCUGGUUCUUGUUUAACUCUUCAUCUCCCCCUUUCCCAAUUUCCUAUGUCUGCAAAUCUGAAUUGGCUCCAACGUACAUUGGUGUUGCAAACGACGCCUUCUGCUUUCUGUACUACGUUAGUAAUACAGUGGUACCUCGGGUUACAGACGCUUCAGGUUACAGACUCUGAUAACCCAGAAAUAGUACCUCAGGUUAAGAACUUUGCUUCAGGAUUGUUAGAAUUCCUGAUCCAUGCUUGCAGUCAUGGUGUUGUUGUCUUUCACAUGACGGUAUAUGUUUUGACUCCAUAGAGUGGGAAGUGACGGAGACAGGAUGUUUGUGUUACUGUGUUCCAUGACGUGGGACUAUUGUCCUUUGUUCCCCCCCCCACUUUUGCUGUCUGAUGCUAGAGAAAGAGGGAGCCAUGUUGCAGUGCUCCGUGUGUGUUUAUAUGUAAAUAAAGUAGAUUAGCCAAAAUGCUGAGUUGCUGAGGCUUGUCACGCAUGAUACACAAACUCUGCGGAUCCAUAAGUGUGCCGGUGUCGGUAGGCAUCGGUCGCUGUGAUGUUUGGGCAGAAGAAAGCUUAUGAAGCUCCCGAAUGAUUGACCAUGAGGGAGGGAACAUGCCAGUCGGGCAUGUGUCUCUGCCAAGCUCCUACUCGAGUGUAGGCUGAACUCCUGACAAGGAUGAGAACAGAAAUCACGCGGCAGCAGCGGGAGGCCGCAUUAGCUAAAGUGGUACCUCAGGUUAAGAACAGUUUCAGGUUAAGAACAGACCUCCAGAAUGAAUUAAGUUCUUAACCCGAGGUACCACUGUAUUUGCAAAUUCUAGAAAAUGCCCUCUAUGCAAAUGCCCUCAUGUUGUCAUUCGCUUGUGCUCUCACAAUACUUUGAUUAUGCUACACAGUGGCAUGGAAGGACCAAAUCUGGUUUGAGUGCCUGUGUCAGUAACCUUCCUGUUGGUAUGAUGGCAUCCAGCGCUUGUUUCAAUGCACACUUUUUGUAUCCUUGCAUAGGGAGGAAGAAGCCCUCUAUCUCCGGAACCAAGACCCACAGCGUGGAGCUGUUUCCCCAGCUAUCUCAAAUCUUCAAUGCAAUUCUGGAGAAAUACAGCCGCAGACGACAGUGCUGAACGAAGCCAGUUUCUUCCCUCAAGAACCAGUGGCAGCCAUGGAUGAGGCACAUGAGUACAACCCCUCUCAGCUGCUUGAGGCAUGCGAAGAAAAGAUGCUUCCUUCUGCCCUCCAGUUUCUGUUUCCAACCAACAUCCCUCUCCCUAACAUGCGGGCUGAGGCAGGCACCCUGCAGCCGCCUCAAGAAACGGGACUUCCAUUCUUUCCGGCAGGUGGGCCCAAAAGUCUCUCCAGCCUAGACAGUGCCAACAGGCUGCCCUCCAUGAACCCUUAUGUCCUCUGCUCCCCUGGGAAUGCACUUCCCCCUGACAGCAGCCCUCCUGUAGACAUUUCUCCGUUAUUUGAAGGAGGGCCAUCCAUAGGCAUGUUCCCAACAACAGGUACAAGCCCUGACCCUGACAGAUGGGCCAUCAGCAUGCUGGCGGGACAAAUCCACUCCCUGGCUGAAAUCUUCUCUCAAUACGCAAAGCAAGCACCUCAGAAGUCUCCCAGCAUUUCCUUGUGGACCAGACAGUCUGCUGAGGACACUCACAUGAUACCAAGGCAGGGUUUGGGGACUAAUGGAGCUCUAGAUUUCCCUGAGGAUCUCUCUGUGGAUGAAGAUGUCAUCGCCAGCAUCUUAAACAGCUUCCUAGACCCUAACCACUUAAACCCGCUCACUUCUGAGCUUGGAUCAGAAAGCAGUUUUCACGCAUUAAACGCUGAGCCACGGGCUUCCUUAACCCAGACUCCUCAAACAGACGUAACUCCUUGCCUUGACCAGUGCCUCUUCUUGCAUUCUUUGUCUUCCUCUGCAUCACCCGGUACCCAUGUGCCUGACUCCCAGUGGGAUGGGAGAUUCCAUACUGUAUUUCAGCAAGGUACUGCUUGCCCUUCUUCAACAUAAUGUUACAGUUUAUAAAGAACCAAUAAAGCAGGGGUGCAGAACCCAUGCCCCUCCAGACGUUCCUGGACUACAGCUCAUGGGAGCUAGAGUCCAGGGACAUCUUGAGAAAGACCAAUUAUUGGGUUAAAUAGUGCACCCCAAGAAUUUGUCUUUAUCAGUUUGAAGGACCGUAUGUUCUGCAUCUCUGAAAUAAAGUAACUGCGGCCAGUACAAUCCUGAAUUCACCUCAACUCAGGUUUGAUGCAGGGCGGAAUAAUAAACUACAUGGCUGCUGCUUUAAAAGUUUUUGUCAUGGUGGUAUUCAACAUGUGAAAUUUUCAGUGUCCAGUCAUAUGGCAAGACCAAAAUUACAAUGCCCCAAACCACUGAGAAGCACUGCCUGCCUGAAGUUUACAACCAUCUCUCCGUAAACUUUAUAGCAGCUACUGCAUGCUUGGCCCGUAUGAAUCCAUACUGAGAUGAAGGGUUUAUGGAGAGCUUUCCUGGUGGGAAUAAAAAUGGGCAGUACUGUCUUCAUGCCAGAAGUAGGACCUCCAUAAUGCCUGGAGUGGCCUUAAAACAGGGUAUAUAUGUAAAGAUAUUUAUACAACCCUGGGAUGAUGACCUGCAACCCAUGACUGACUGGCUUUAAAAGAGGAUUUGCCACUUUCAAGGAGGAUAAGGCUACUAGCCACUGUUAAGUUGUGGGUGAAAAUAUCAGACGACACAGCAAUUCUUCAAACAGCUCUUCUUUAUUCAGAGGCCAGAACAGAACUGAGCAGAAGGGCUCAGUCAGCCUGCUUAUAUAGAGCUCCAGUACAACGUUACUGUAGCAACUUUCUAAAACUAUCCAAUCACUGAACGUCACUUUCGAUCCUUCAUUUGCAUAACUAUCUACAGUAUUCAUCUGAUCACUGAACGUCACUUUCGAUCCUUCAUUUGCAUAACUAUCUACAGUAUUCAUCCAAUCACUGAACGUCACUUUCGAUCCUUCAUUUGCAUAACUAUCUACAGUAUCCCCCUGCUGGCCCAGGGUGAGAACUUCAGUACAUAACAGCCACAAUGGCUAUGUUCUACCUCGAGUGAACAGCAUGCCUUUGAAUAAGUAAUAAAUUGAAAUAAAUAGAUAACACCUGCAAAAGGCAGGUAACAAGAGUAUUGUUACAGCCAGGCCUUGCUUUCACAAACCCAUGUUGCCAUACAGAAUAAUCUGCUCAAAUACAGCUGCAACACAUGGCUAAUAAAUGUAGUAAAUGUAUUAUUAUUAGUGGUUAGAAUGUCAUCCAAAAUUUACAAAUAAUCAGCUUGAAAAUAAUAUAUAUAUCAAACCAUAACCAAGUAGUAGUCAGUGUGAUGAAUUGCUGGGAGGGAACACCACAACGCAAGCCACUCCGAAAACAGGAUUCUGGGCUAGAUGCCAGGCCUUUGGUCAGAUCCAGCAACCAGGCUCUUCUAUUCUUACCUAUUUACAAGCCACAGCCCUUGACUCCCCUGCCCCCAAUUUAUAGCCAAAUCAGGCCUGCUACAGCUUCCUAAACACAGUAGCUGAAGCAGGGUUGGCUCCAUCGCUCCUAGCUAGCACAGCCAACAAGUGGGAAUUGCAGCAGGCCAGAGUUCCCAUAUAUGAAAAUAAAGGGCAAACGAGCUUCCACCCCAUCUAAUUUGAACAAUGUCCCUCCUUCUUGUUGUUGCCAUCUCUCUCGGGACACAGUGGAGGGGCACAUGCACCUUUGGGGGUGAAGUCAACAUGUUGGAAAGCUGUAAUGAGUAUGAUGUGAAAAAGCAUCAGCCUUGCUGUUGUUGGCACCCGUCUGUCUCAGGGGACUAUGAAGGAGUGUGUGUUUGGGGGUCACACCGUUGGAGAGUUACAGUGCCUGCUGUGGCUGUAGAGACCGAAACGGGAGAGACAUGUUUUGUUGCAGCUGGGGCAGAUGAAGGUGUCCGCUUGUGCUGCUGUGGGUGCACCAGCGUUUCUUCUCUCUUAACUCCUGCAUCCUUCCUUUCCACAGGUGUCUUUCCAGAAGAGGCCAUGUUCUGCUGA